AUGGCUCGAAGCUCGCGACUCAAACCCGACGAGAGAGUGAAGAAGUAUAUUGACUGGAACCAGCUCGAAGUUCGUGACUCGAAGAUCACUUCUACCGAAAUCAGGGAAGACGCAGGUGACGAAUUAGUUGUUGCUGAACAACAACUACUGGGCUGCAAACGGAUAGAAGAAUAUAAAGCAGAAAUCAAUAGACUUGAAGUAUCCGAGGCAGAAAUUAAAGCACUAGCUGUUAAUUAUGCAGCUCUAUUAAAAGAAAGAGGGACCAAACACCAAUCUCAUCAACAUUGCUUGGAAAAAGCUGAUAAAGCAAGGAGGCAAAGACUAUCAUCCAGUUCUGCUUCUGCCAAAUCAGAUUAUAUGUCGUCAUCACGACAUUUGUAUUAGUGUGUCCCAUGUAACUGCAUCCCCGCACUCGUUGUCGUUUACAUUGAGCAUUUGUCGAGCGUCAUGGUGACACCGCCAAGGUCCCCUCCGCAGUUAAAUGGUAAUAGGGAACCAUAACCUACGAAGACAAGACAAAGCACACAUCUUAGAUAGCUGACUUUAAGAAGUUUAGAUUAGCCUAGACCAACAGUUACUGUGGAUCCUGCAACUAGAAGAGCAUCAGGCCCAGAGAAGCAAAAGUUCCACAGUUUUUUAGGGGUCAUAGCUCGAGAAAAGAUCCCGAUUGUCCACAGCAAUUGGAAAAAUGUGCCGGAAACUCUUAAGGACAUGGUAUGGGGGGACAUUUUGGCUAAAUUUGAUAUCCUAGAAGCUGAAAAGGCAAAGAAAAAGGUAAUGUCCACGGUGGCCACUAGAUGGAGGCAAUUUAAGUCUUCAUUAACCACUAAAUUUGUCUAUGCUGAGACACAAGGCGGACAAAAAGAAAAUCCUUCAGUAAAAUAUGGUAUGGAUAAACAAACUUGGGAUGAAUUUGUUGCAAGUUGCAAGACCCCGGAUUGGCAGGAAAUUCAAAAAAAGGCACAGGACAUCCAAA